AGCUCAUUGUAAUGUCCUAACUUAUCUGUCACAGGAGAGGGCACUGCAUCUGCGAGUCCUCAUUGUUAUCAGCAGUGGCUUCCUGGUAUGCGUAAUGACUGUUUGCAGGCUGGGUCUGGGGGGGUUGGCUACUCUGCAGAGCAGUUCUGCUGACUGCAGUAGAGAGGAACUACCUCAGUGCGUCAGCACUCUGAAAUGAGUGAAGAAAAACCGAAUCAAUCAGAGUGACUGCGGAGAGAGAGGGAGAGAAGACUACACAUUCUAAUCCUGAUCUUUUGUGUAGCCGUCCUUACAUGUGCUAGUGGCCGGGAGCACACGCUCCUUAAGAUGUGAAGUACCCCCCAACGCCCCCGGUGCUAUAAAUCAAGAUGACCUUCCUUCUUUUUUUCCUCUUGGUCCUCUCUAAGAGCCGAGCUGACAGCUUUGAAGAUGCAUACAGUGACCUGGAACACUACAGGACUAUAUACAUCUCAGAAAAUGGCCCCAGACUCUCAGUUGACACAGCACAACCUAAAGUAAUCUCUCAACGUGGUGGCAAUGCCACCCUGCAGUGCACGUUCAACCGGGAUCCCUCAUCUCCCCCAAAUCCCAAACUGAGGAUUAAAUGGACUAAACUGACUUCAGAUUAUCUGAAGGAAAUUGAUGUGUUUGUAGCUAUGGGUUUCCACAAAAAGAGCUAUGGUCGAUUCCAUGGCCGUGUACAUCUGCAGGAUGCUGGCAAGAAUGAUGCUUCACUAGUUAUCACUGACAUCACUCUGGAGGAUUAUGGGAAAUAUAAGUGUGAAAUCAUUGAUGGCUUGGAGGAUGAUACAGUAGUUGUGUCACUUGACCUGCAAGGCAUUAUUUUCCCAUAUUUUCCUCGACUGGGUCGUUACAACCUGAACUUCGCUGAUGCUGAGAAAGCUUGCCGAGACCAGGAUGCCAUUGUGGCAUCUUUUGACCAGCUGUACGAUGCAUGGAGAGAUGGGUUGGAUUGGUGCAAUGCAGGGUGGCUCAGUGAUGGAUCGGUGCAAUAUCCCAUCACCAAACCCAGAGAGCCAUGUGGAGGCAAAAACACCAUUCCAGGUGUGAGGAAUUAUGGGAUGCGUGACAAGCAAAAGGAAAGAUAUGAUGUCUUCUGUUUCACCUCUAACCACAAAGGACGUUUUUAUUAUUUGAUACACCCUUUCAAACUUAAGUAUGAUGAGGCAGUGCGGGCAUGUCAAAAGGAUGGUGCUCAGAUUGCCAAAGUCGGGCAGAUGUACGCAGCGUGGAAGCUGCUGGGCUAUGACCGCUGUGACGCAGGCUGGCUGGCAGACGGCAGUGUACGCUACCCAAUCUCAAAACCACGCAGACGCUGCAGUCCCACGGAGGCUGCUGUCCGCUUCUCUGGAUUCCCAGACAAGAAGCACAAACUCUACGGCGUCUACUGCUACAAGAGUGACAACUGAGUGUACCAACUGUAUAACUCAAGAACUAAGCGUAAUAAUGUAAGGAGUUCGUUUGAGUGCAUUAAAACUGUGACAAAGCCUCUAGAUACUGUAAUACAGAAGGAUUUGAAUAUAAAAUAAGUGACUGGCAAUUGUUUGAAGCAAAGAUUCUGUAGGAUUAGGCACCGCAGGUGCCCUCUUCCUUCAAAAUCAGGACUUUGCUACAAGACAGCAACAGGACAGGAAUAGUAUAUAUUGGGUCGGCAGAAAUUAUAGCUACUGGUUCCAGGUCUGAAUGAUCCUAUACAGUACAGCAGUGCUGAAGGAAGAGAUGUUUGGUGAGAAUGAGGAAGAAAUUCACACUGUGCUCUUCCAUUUAGCAUGCAGUAGCUUGACGGAUGUUUUAGAACAGAAUGACAGCAAAACUUAAAUACUUUGAACUGAUACCUAUGGGCACUUAGUUUAUCAUUCAAGAACAUCAUAUUCCAUAUAAAUAGCAUGUGUAAAUAUAUUUUCUGCUAACAGGAAAACAAAUUCAAUGGAAGUGCUAAACACCAUACAGUACAGCCAUGGCACAAUGAACAAUUUUUUCUUUUGCCAUCCUUACAGGGUGCUAUAUUGUAUUAUUUUCUCAAAGCAUACCUUUUAAUAUUUAGUUUUAUGUGUGGACCAAAUCCAAAUGUUGAGUCAUAAGUUGCAUUGCUAAAAAACAAAACAUUGUUCUGUGAUUUUUUUUUAACUAUUGAAAUAUACAAGUAGAGUGUUUAUAAAUGUAUGUUAAUUAUCUUGAAAUUAUGCAUUUAUAAAAUGCCUCCCCUACAAUGCAAUGUAAGAAAUUAAGAGCUCCAUUGUAUCGACCUCAUCACUGUCAAACAUUAUGUGCAUUCAGGACAAUGACGAAUUCUGUUGGUCAUUCCACAGACAUAAUAACAAAACCAUUGUGUUUGUUUUCUAGAUUUUGUUUUUAGUAUUUCUGAUCAAUUCAUGAAACCACAGAAAACCGAAUCCACAAACACAGCCCAUAGCAAUGGUGCCAAAUGAGUAGUUUUGGUCUAUGCAUGUUACUGUUUACAAAUAGCCAGAUUGAAGUGAUAAAAAAGACAACAGUGCUAAUGAUCACUUUGUGUUAGUUAGUAAGAGAAAAACAGCAUAAUGAACUUAAUUUUCUAUUGUUGAAAAAAAAAGACGCAAGAAAAUAAUGGCACAACAAAAAAGUGCAUAGUUAGCAUGCUGCAUUCAGUUGUUAUUAAUCUAUGAAGCAGUAGACCUUCAGAAGAACAUGUCAAAGCCAUGGCAUUUGGAAAUUAACCCUUAAAACAGACUGCCAAGCGAAGACAAAAACAACUUGAUGUUUUAUUCUUAUUAUUACCAUUAUAGCCUCAACAUAGCCAAUUUAGAACUCAAGGUUAUGCGUUUCAGCCACUACACUAAAUGACAACAUCCACGGGGGGAAAAAAGGAAAAAUAAAGUUGUGUUGUGUAAGUGUCGUUUCAAAAUAUUGUAUUCACGUUCAUUUCAUCAUUCAUGUUGUUUGGACUCUGGCAACUGUAGGUGUGCCUUGUUUACAAAUCUUCAAAAUCAGUUUUAGAACUGAAUGUUUAGACAUGUCUUUAUUGACAAUGUUAACUUUUUUCCUCUUGUUUCAUGUAAAUAAAGUAUAAUUAAAGGGAUAAUUUGACUGUAUCAAUGUGGAAACCCCCCUUGACCCAAAAAAAUAAACAAUCAGUCAAAUAUG